AUGACACAGUCAACUUCGACGAAGCGUCCGCGGCAGGACACGGAGGACAACCGGGCCGAAUGCCCCUUUACGAUCCGGCUCGUGGAUCCAAAGGAGAAGGAGCUGAAGGUCAAGAGCAAGAAGCGGAGGAAGCGCGGCCACAACAGCAGCGCCUCGGGCAACCACGAAGAUGACGACUCGUCCAAGAAGGUGCUCCAGCAAUGCGCGCCUUUCGCGCCCAAGGGCUCGUUCGAAACAUUUCCGACCAUGGACGUGCACUACGUCGUCGAGCCGGCGAGGCAGUGGGCCGAGAUGACGCGCUAUAAUAGCUUCGUGUUGAACGGCGUCAAGUACUACUGCGAAGGUUUUAUCUUCGUUGCCAAUGACUCGUCUAUCGAGCGACAAAAAAGCGCUGGUCCCCGGGAUCCGCGGAAGCGGUCGGAAGAUGAUUGGGUUGCGCGGAUCCUUGAGAUUCGGGCCAGCGACGAGCACCACGUGUACGCGCGCGUGUUCUGGAUGUACUGGCCAGACGAACUGCCAGCCGGCACGCACUACGGUAAGAAGACGGUGCAAGGGCGCCAGCCAUACCACGGCGCGGCCGAGCUGAUCGCGUCAAACCACAUGGACAUCAUCAAUGUUGUCAGCGUGACCUCUGCAGCGACGGUCAACCACCUGAUCGAGGACCGCGACGACGAGCUGCAGAGCGCGCUAUACUGGAGACAGGCGCUAGACGUGCGCAAUUUCGAGCUAUCCACAAUUGAAGUGGUGUGCGACUGCAACCAGCCGGCGAAUCCGGACAGGAUGCUCGUGGGCUGCGGCGACAAGUCUUGCGGCAAGUGGAUCCAUGAAGAGUGCCUAAAGCACUAUGCCUUGAUGCGAGUGUACGAGCAGCUAGGCAAGGACCAGCCGCACAUAUCGAGCCGGCCAGACACGGCAGUCAAGCCGGAGACGGGCAAGGACGAGGUGAAGGAGCCGCUUAGCCCCAAGGAGACGGGCGGAGCAGUCUCGGCGCAGCACUCGAUUGACGUCAAGGCAGACACGGUCGAGGUGGGAGGCAAGGACGAAGAUGAGGAAGAGGAAGUCACGGGCAGGAGGCGGACAACGACUAUCAACGGUUUGGCAGCGGCACCAUCGCCGUCGCCAGCAGCUGCAGGAGCAGACGGCAGCAAGGUGACUGCAAACGGAGAGGCAGAGCUAGCGUUGCGCGACAAGACGACAUCACGCGACUCGCUGAAGCGGGAGGUGACGCCGGCAUCGUUUGAAGGCAAGAAGAAGCCGUACGACCAGCUGUUUGAGGCCAAGCUGCUGCUGGGCCCUGUAGAGUCGGCCCCGACGAUGAUUGAGAUCCGAGACCUGCGGACAGGUGUGACAGGUGGUGAUGAGACGUGGCUGGAGCCGGCCGAAUGUCCGAUCUGCAGCUCUCACAUCGGUUGA